UAUUCCUUGCCAACGCCCAGAUUCUAUCUGAGCGUGGUUGAGGGCUUCUUCAAUAGUUAUGCCACGGUUAGAAUUGGGAUCUUCAACCAGACGCAUGAUGUCUACUAACAGACUUGAAUUUCUAGUGCACCCCCCUUAGCCAAACAUGAUGUUGCAGGGGUGGAAUUGGAAACUCGGGAUUUGUUGCACAAGAACCAACAGACUUUUUGACGUGGAAUCGAAUUCUGACUCGGAUCAUGCUGAAGAUAACAAAUCACAAAGAGGUCCGACAAUAAAGUCAAUAGCUAGUAAAGAGAAAGUUAUAAUUACGUACAAUAAAAAAGGUGUCCCAGUUGGAAAGGAAUCGGUAGAACUCUCUACAUUCGAGGGAUUGGUAGCAAGAACUAUGAUUCCAAUAACUUAUACCACUUGGAGGAACGUUGGUAAGGAAACAAAGGAAGAAUUAUGGCAAUAUGUCACGGAAAGUCUAACAUCUAAAAUGCGCCAUGUGGCACAUUUUGUGGUUAGCCCAAAGAGCCGGAAGCAAACUAUACAAUCAAUUGGGACAAAGUGGAGAAACUUCAAACAUACUCUAUACAGGGAUUACAUUAUGACACAAAAAGAUGACCCUGAGGAGAAGAAGAAUUUACUUAAUCCUCCUCCUAAGUACCCUUUCUUGAAAAAAGAAGACUGGAAACUAUUUGUUGCACAAAGAACUUUAAAACAAUGGGAGGGGACAAGUAAGAAAGCAAAGAAAGCCCAUGCACAUCAUAAAUACAAUCAUCAUUUGAGUAGAAAGGGAUGCAAGAAACUGGCCUGGAGGAAGAGGAGAUUGACAGGGCAAUGUUGUGGAAAAGAGCAAGAGAACUAAAAACAGGAGGUUUCGACUCAGAUGUCCAAGUGGUAGUUGAUAGAAUUGAUAAGCUACAAGAAUAAGAUUCUGGAGAGGUCAUAUGUGGAGCACAUGAUGUGCUUACGCAGGCCUUGGGUACUGAUGAACAACGUGGCCAUGUACGCGGGAUGGGUAAAUUUGUAACACAACAUCAAUACUUUUACUUACCCAACACUGUUAAACAUUACAUGGACACUGA